AUGCACCGGGCAUAUUUUUCAACAGUUACCUCUCCUUCCCCUCCAGAAGCAGGCAAGGAGUUUUCUCUGAUUCUCACCCUAAGUCUUCUGGAGACAAAACUCAUGAAGGUAAUAUGUUUAAUUCAGGAAUUGCGAAAAGCCUUGCAGCAGCUACAAGAAUUGCAGAAUAAGAGCCAACAGCUUCGUGCCUGGGAGGCUGAAAAAUACAAUGAGAUUCGAACCCAGGAACAAAACGUGCAGCACCUAAACCAUAGUCUGAGUCAUAAGGAGCAGUUGCUUCAGGAAUUUCGGGAGCUCCUACAGUAUCGAGAUAACUCAGACAAAACCCUUGAAGCAAAUGAAACGUUGCUUGAGAAACCUCGCCAGCGAAUACAUGAUAAAGCUGUUGCUCUGGAGCACUCCCAGGAGAUGGAAAGCCUGAGGGAGGCUCUGCUGUCCUCUCGAUCCCACCUUCAAGAGCUGGAAGAGGAGCUGGAGCACCAGAAGGUGGAAAGGCAGCAGCUUUUGGAAGACUUGAGGGAGAAGCAACUGAAGCACAAGCUGGUUCUCCUGCAGCAACAGUGUGAAGAGAAACAGCAGCUCUUUGAGUCCCUCCAGUCAGAGUUACAAAUCUACGAGGCACUUUAUGGCAAUUCCAAGAAGGGGCUGAAAGCUUACAGCCUGGAUGUCUGUCACCAAAUCCCUUUGAGCAGUGACUUGAGCCACCUGGUGGCAGAGCGUGCUGGCAAAGCCAGCCUCAGCCCCUCCUCUGUUAACCAGAACUUCUCAGCCAGCGCUGACCCUGGAAACAAGCAGCUGCUCCUCCAAGAUUCAGGUGUGUCCCCUCCAGUCCGGGAUGUUGGUAUGAAUUCCCCAGCUCUGGUCCUCCCCAGCUCUGCUUCCUCUACUCCUGGCUCAGAAACGGCCAUAAUCAACAGAACACAUGGCUUGAGUUUGGAUACUUCUCCAGUAAUGAAGACCUCUCCCAAGCUGGAGGGUGAUGCUACUGAUGGCUCCUUUGCCAAUAAGCAUGGCCACCAUGUCAUUGGCCACAUUGAUCACUACAGUGCCCUAAGACAACAGAUUGCGGAGGGCAAGCUGCUGGUCAAAAAGAUAGUGUCUCUUGUGAGAUCAGCGUGCAGCUUCCCUGGCCUUGAAGCCCAAGGCACAGGGGUGCUAGGCAGCAAAGGCAUUCAUGAGCUUCGGAGCAGCACCAGUGCCCUGCACCAUGCCCUAGAGGAGUCGGCUUCCCUCCUCACCAUGUUCUGGAGAGCGGCCCUGCCAAGCACCCACAUCCUUGUGCUGCCUGGCAAAGUGGGAGAAUCAACAGAAAGGGAACUUCUGCACCUGAAAACCAAAGUAUCCAAACAGAAGCGGCUCCUUCAGAGCACAACUGAGCGUCUGAAGACCGCCAACCAACAGAAGGAGAGCAUGGAGCAGUUCAUCGUCAGCCAGCGUGAAAUCCCUAAGGGCUCUGCUGUGUACUCCAGCCUUGUGACCCUUGCUUUCCAGGAACCAUGCAAGAAGCGCAGCCACCAGAAGUCCUUAUAUAGGCUUUGGUAUCAGGAUGAUGCUGACCUCAUAAAAUGAGUUAGGGAGGAUUCCCUCUUUUUCUAUUGAUUGGAAUAGUUUCAGAAGGAAUGAUAUCAGCUCCUCCUUGUACCUCUGGUAGAAUUCGGCUGUGAAUCCAUCUGGUCCUGGACUUUUUUUGGUUGGUAAGCUAUUAAUUAUUGCCUGAAU